AUGCAUCGGACACUUUUAAGCAUCUUUCUGGCUGCGCUAUUCCUGGCCUGUGCCGGAGUCCGAGGAAAUCAUCUGAAACGCUUCAGCCGAUCGCUCCUGUUUCCACCCACUAGUCCGACGCGCGUGCAAUUUAUAGGCGGCAUUGGCAUACCUGUGGAGGGGCUCCACUUCGAGUCCGUGACCUCGGGAUAUGUCCUGAAGGCCGAGUAUUUCCUGCCCACCAAUGCCACAGAGAUCACGCGGGUGUACCUCAAGCCACAGGCCAUAACGGGCAGAGAGGACGAAUUUAACUACGGCGCACUCUACCGCUGGAUCAUAUACCGCGGCAUCGAGAUGGUCAUAGCGAACGCAGGACUACCAGGACGUAGCUGCCUCCUGCGUUUAAUAUGCGAACACGCAGCGCUGCCGCUAAACCACGAGAGUGGUUUACUUGGGGAAAUGCUGGACAUCAUCCUCACUCCCUCGAGCUCUAGGGACGAGCUGGCCCACAGCUCAAACCGCGACUAUCAUGCAUCAGAGCGUUUCGGCAGGCGAGGCGGCGAUUGUGAGGCGUUCUAUGCGAGAGAGUGCCAAAAGACGCCCAUGGAUCUCAUCAGCAUGUUGCUGGAAGUCAAUUAA